UUCCAUAGCCAAUGAAAUAGUGUCCACACCGGGCACUCAUCGUCAGCUACUUGAGGGUUUAUUGUCAAACGGAGAACCAAUAGCCUGUGCAAGUGCUCUUCGACCGGAGAUGAUCCGCGUUGCUCCCCCGUUGCUCCCAACCCCGCAGGGAACAUCGUCAAAUCCAACCACUCCAAACGGAUCGGAAUCCGCCAAGUCCCCGACCAUAUUGGCCCAGGAUGAUUUACUAUCCGAGGAAUUGAUUUGGCUCAAUCCAACCACAAUUCAGCAUGAGUUUCACUGGAACACAAACAUUGAGGAGGCCAGUCCAACCUCCGAGGUGAGUUAA